AUGCUUGUUUGUCGGGCCACUUCGCGUUCCCUCCUUCGCGACUAUCGAAAAACUACCUUCCAGUCGAUACAGCGGCCAUGCUUCCUGCGUCAGAGAAGACACUUCAUACGGAGUCUCGGUGAAGGUUUCUUGGAUUUGGCUAUUGCCCUACCCUUGCCCACAACCUGCCCCACAUAUUCCUCAACAAUCAUCAUAGUCACCGUGCUCACGCGUUUCUGCCUAUUACCUGUAGCAAUUUGGGGCAAGAAACGCGCGUGGAGAAUUGAAGAAUAUGUCAUUCCAGAACUAGAGCGGGCGAAGCCGGCAAUCUACCAAGGUGUCCUGAAGCAGAUGAAAGCGCAGGGGAUACGAGGAGACAAGAAACAGAUACAGGCUAUUCACGGUGAAAGGUCGACUGCUUUGCUCACCGACCUCCGGAAACAACUGUACAAGAAACACAAAUGUGGUCCCCUCACAUCAAUUCUUGUUCCAACUCUAUCUCAGUUACCAGUCUUCGUAAUCUCAUCUAUGGUUCUGUCUCGACUUUCCAUUGCCCCGACACCUUUCGACUCGGAAUCCUUUCUAACGCUUACGACACUUGCACACCCCGACCCAACAAUGACCCUCCCCAUCAUCCUCGGAAUGAUCACCAUGGCAAACGUGGAAUCGAGUAACUGGGUAAUGACUGCUGCUGAGCGAGAGCGACAACAAAGACUUGACGAGGCUAAUGCAAAACGAAUUGCAGAAGGCGGCAAACCUACCAUACAGCCAAACAAGUUGCUCAAAUCAGGUUUGAGACUUCUGUCAGUUGGGCGGAUAAUCUUUGCCGCUGUCAUGCCUGGAAGUGUUACGCUGUACUGGGUGACAUCGGCCGUGUUUGGUCUCUUCCAGACUUGGGGAAUGGACUGGUGGGACAUGAGGCGGAAGCAAAGACGCCUCGUUAAAGAGCCAAACGGACGGAAGUCAGCGACGUCUGCUCGAAGAUAA